AUGUCAGGCAGCCUUCAGGUUCAAUUGGCUAAACUUGAAAAGAUGUCGGUUGAAGAAAUCGAGUUGAUAAAUUUAUUGAAUAGUUAUGGAAUGUCCGAACGAGUUAUUGAAGCGUUUCUCGUUAAUUGUUACACCAUAAAAACAUUGAAAAUCAUACAGAGGAAGGAAAUUGAGGAACUCCUUCCUUCGCCGUUUCUUGCUGAUCGAACCAGAUUCAUUCAUGAAUUGGACUCUUGGAGGGAGGCACAGGGGCUUGCAAAAGUCAGCGAACAACCCGUUACUUGCAAUUCAUUUGUGACCCGAGACAACAACGCGCGGCCCUCUGAAGAGACUCAAGUGACUCGAGAAGCCUGUACUCCCACCUUCUUAUUGAACGCGUCAUCGAAAGGGCAAGCCAUCCUAAGGAAGUACAGCAAAACCGCGUUCCUCUCCAGAGCUGACAAAAAAACUGUCACCCACAUCGUUGUUGACGAGUUCAAAACCCGUUUCUCUAAGCUGUCAUCGUCGAAACUUCUGGAUAGAGCUUGUGAGCUGAAGCAAUUAUGCAAUACUCAUCAAGCAGCACAACAGAUUAUAUUGAGGGGAAUCAUCGAACGGAUAGAACUGGAAAUCCUAAUCAAAACGAUUAUCAGUAACCUUCCAAUGAUUUCGGUUCACAACUAUGUGCAUUGA